AUGGCGUUGAGACUGAGUACUGUGGUUUCAGGUGUUGGUCCGAGGCAUUCGGGGAAACCUAGGUUGAAGUUGAGGUUCGGAGUUAGGAGUGGUUGUUGUGCUGCAGUUACAAAUAUGGCCUUCACUGAAACCCCUUCAACCUUCAAGGUCUUUGAUUCCCAUCUCCACGUGUGGGCUUCACCUCAAGAGGCUGGUAAAUUCCCUUAUUUUCCUGGACAAGAACCCACUUUACCAGGAAAUGCCGACUUUUUGCUCCAGUGUAUGGAGGAGGCAGGAGUAGAUGGUGCACUCAUUGUGCAACCAAUUAAUCAUAAAUUUGAUCAUAAUUAUGUCACAAGCGUUUUGAAGAAAUAUCCGAUCAAAUUUGUUGGUUGUUGCCUUGCUAAUCCAGCUGAUGAUGGAAGUGGGCUUAAGCAGUUUGAAGAUCUUGUUUUGAAGGAUGGUUAUCGAGCUAUUCGAUUCAAUCCUUAUUUGUGGCCAACUGGAGAAAAGAUGACAAAUAAAGUUGGAAAGGCUAUUUUCCAAAGGGCUGGAGAACUCAAUGUGCCAGUGGGCUUCAUGUGUAUGAAGGGGCUUGGUCUGCAUAUUUCUGAAAUUGAGCAACUAUGCACAGAAUUUCCAUCAACAGUUGUAUUGCUUGAUCACUUGGCCUUUUGCAAACCGCCAAUAAAUGAUGAGGAAGGUCUUGUCUUUACUCAACUUUUAAAUCUGUCUAGAUUCCCACAAGUACAUGUGAAAUUUAGUGCCCUUUUCAGAGUGUCAAGAGGACAGUUUCCUUAUCUGGAUUUGUCUCCUCUCUUAUCUCAAGUUGUCUCUCACUUUGGUGCUAACCGUGUAAUGUGGGGCAGUGAUUUUCCAUUUGUUGUUGCUGAAUGUGGUUACAAAGGAGCCAAAGAAGCAGUGCAUAAUAUUGGCAAUGAGAUCUCUUUGCCUUUUUCAGAUUUAGAGUGGAUCAUGGGAAGGACAGCUACACAACUCUUCCAAAACCAAUUGACUCCACUCAAGAACUGA